AUGAUGGUACUCAUUGAUAUAUCUUAGAGAGAUGGAGUGGCAGAGGUUGCAUGCAUCAGCAAUGAAAAACAAAACACAGAGAGUUAGAGGAUUGAGGAGUUCAGUGGGAGAAGAGCUUGCAGGGUAUUUAGCCUACGUUUCCUGGGACACCAGGGCAGGGCAUUGCUCCAGUUUGUUUAGAGUGAUACACACUGCCAUUUGACACUUUAGAUUCCCCUUCAGUCUAUAGAUCGCCAGUGACAUACUCUGUUGAAUUGCUGGACACAUACUGCAUCUAUCAUAGUACACGUUACUGUAGCAAUGGCAGUUGUCCCAUGUUUCCCACAUGUCAUGUGUGUGUCGUGUGUAAGGGAGCUCCUCCAAACACACACACUCUGCACCUGUCUGUCACAAAACGCCACACCAUCCACCACGUCCCAUGAUCCUCCUUAACCCUGACAGCACUCUGCCCGCUCUGCUCCCAGCAGGUCUACCCCAGAUGUGCCACUACACCUGUCACUUUACCUGUCACAACGGGUCACAACCUGUUACAAGCUGUCACAUCUAGUCAAGACCAAUCACUUUGUCUCAGCUCAUCUUGUUGACUUGAAGGUGAUCUGGAGGUAACUUGUCUGUUUGAAGUGAGAGUCAUUGUGAAACUCCUUUUCUAAGUAUGGCAGGUCUGCAAUAAUCAAGUAUAUCACUGUUGUUGUUGUUAUUGUUUUGUUGUUGUUUUGUGGAGUCCCUUUGUAUAUAUAAUGUUGUUUCUAAAGGGUCGUGAGAGAACAACAAUUAUGCUCUCAUGCUGACAUUAAGAUUUCUCAAUGAAAUGCAUUAUGCAUAUUCUUUAUGUGAUGAGCAGCUAGCUGAAGAGAUUGAUGGAGCUUGGCUGGAGGUUGUUGUAUCGUUCAGCUUGUGUAGUUGUUUUACAUGAAGGCAUAAGUCUGUGAGUGCUCUCUAAGACUCAAGGCCACCACAGAGAACAGCAUCUUCCUUUCUUACUGGCUUGUACUGUCGGCCUUGUGAAUGAAAUGGCUUUCUGGCUCAGACACACACACACACACACAUCCACACACACAUUCUCUCUCCAUUCUCCUAGGCUCACAAAGUGUCUGUUUGGCUGUGUUGACACUAGACCCGUUUUAAUUCCCAUCCUCCCUCCCCCUCUCCUCUCUUCCCCCCUCCCUCUCUCCCUCCCUGGGGUAUUCUCUCUCUUUUCUCCUCCUGAGUUAAUAAAGAAAAAAACAUCCAAUCACAGUAGGUUGGUGGCACCUUAAUUGGGGAGGACGGGCUCGUGGUAAUGGAGUGGAAUCAGUGGAAUGGCAUCAAAUACAUCAAACACAUGGUUUCCAUGGUUUCCAUGUGUUUAAUGCCAUUCCAUUCGCUCCGUUCCAGCCAUUAUUAUGAGCCGUUCUCCCCUCAGCAGCCUCCACUGCAUCCAAUGCUUUUAUUAUAUAUUUGCCUUCUUCUGUCUGUUUGCCUGUCCGGCUUGUUCUGUUCUGCAGCACUUUGUGUUAUUAAAGUGUCGUUUUGACCUGGCUGCUAGCAGAUAGCUCGCCCACAGCGAUAAUUACUAAUGAUCUGCAUAGCUGCCUCGUGGACGUGGCAGCCGUGAAAAUGUUAUUACCUUGGCCUUUCUGCUAGGACCAGUGCAAAGCGAAGCAGGGAGGCACGGAGCUCUUGUACGGCUAGCAUCUUUACCCAGGUCACGGCGACGACAGAGCUCAUAUCCCCCCAGGGUCCCGGGGCGAGAGAGCGAGAGAACAGAUGUAUGGAGAGAGAGAGAGAGAGAGAGAGAGAGAGAGAGAGAGAGAGAGAGAGAGAGGAGAGAGAGAGAGAGAGAGAGAGAGAGAGAGAGAGAGAGAGAGAGAGAGAGAGAGAGAGAUGAAAAGAGGGGGAUGAUCAAGAGAGGCUAUAAUACAAAGCAUUAAGAUCACAGCUCUGAGAGAGGAACAUGGAAGAGGCAGUGUUUUGUUAUUUCAUACUUAAUUAUAUGUAUUGUAGUUCUUUUCAUUUGGUGUGUGUGUCCAAGUUGAAAUAGUCGCCUUGAAGCAUGGCUCUGACAAAGUUAGAGAUGAGAGCCUGGUCUUUAUUUUCAUUGGUGUGGAUGGAGUUUCAUGUAUUUUUCUAUAGCCUUGACACAGAGCUGAGACAGAACUUAGACAAGAGAAAGCCUUUUGGUGUCUGGGAUCAGAUACUUUAAGAAGAGAUAUGAGAAAAGCAGAGAAGUCAUCAGACCUUAGAUGGAUAUCACUCACUCUUCUUUUUCUCAAAGAAACACAAAUACACACUUACUUCCAUAUGAACCCUCCAGAACCCUCUCUCUUAGAUAAAAUACUGUUUUCCUUUCUUAGGCACACACACACACUCUCAUUCUCUCUCUCUCGCUCGUUCUCUCUCUCUCUCUCCCUCCCUCCCUCCCUCCCUCCCUCCCUCCCUCCCUCCACCUCCCUGUUCUGUAACAGCUCAGGCCUGUAUUCCCGGCCCAUGCACCCUGACACCAGCCUUCACUGAGGUCAGAGGUUAACAUCAUGUUCAGGGUCAGGAGCUCCCAGAGGUCAAACACUCAGAGCUGGGCCUUAAUGAGCUGAGUUUGAGUCCUCUGGAUUUCUACACACACACACACACACGCACGCACACACACACAUACACGCACACAUUCACUGAUGCUUGUGCAUGCACAUACAGCCACACACAAGCAAAAACCAGAUGACACACAUGCACACAUGCACACAUGCACGCAUCUACACACACACACACACACACAAAACACCUCUCGGUCCUGAGGGAAAAAGCCAGGAGAGCAGGGUGGGCCUUGUCUCGCUCUCCCGUCUCUCCUUUCAAGCCCGACUUAUCUAGACAUUCACAGGUUGAACUAACUGGCAUUAUUAAGCUGGCCUAGCCUGGCCGGAUACAAUGGAAACCACCAAGUGGUCCACAAACAGGUGAGUGUGUGUUGAGGGAAUCUUAAACAAGCCACCCGGCAAUUUCAAUCAGAUCCAUGCAUGACUCGCCCCAGGCCCAGGUAGUCCAAUUACAAACAGACACGCUCAACAGGCGCACUCAAACCCCAACCAAAUCCCCAUUUAUUCAAACUCAGACGGGAGAGACGUGGUGUGGGUCGAUGUAUGAAGGGCAGAUCAUAUUAAGAAGGGGGGCAGAGUUACAAUCCCUUGCCGCUGGAUCGAUAGGGAGAUGGGGGAAAAUCGGAGUGGAGGGAUGGAGGGGUUGCAGUUGUCUUUUGGUUUGGAAUGAUGAUUUUUUAUUUAUGUAUUGGACUAAUCAUGUCGUUCUCUCUCUCUACCCUCUCUCUCUCUCUCUCUCUUUUUCUACCCUCUCUCUCUCUACUCUCUCUCUCUCUGUCUCUCUCUACCCUCUCUCUCUCUACCCUUUCUCUCUCUCUACCCUCUCUCUAUCUCUCUCUACCCUCUCUCUGUCUCUCUCUACCCUCUCUCUCUCUACCCUUCUCUCUCUCUACCCUCUCUCUAUCUCUCUCUCUACCCUCUCUCUGUCACUCUCCACCCUCUCUCUCUAUCCAUCCCCCUUCCCCUCCCUAUCCCUCCCCCUCUCUCCCCCUCUCGCUCAGGGGGGUAAGAUCCCAGUGAGGUGGACAGCUCCAGAGGCCAUAGCCUACAGGAAGUUCACCUCAGCUAGUGACGUGUGGAGCUACGGCAUCGUCAUGUGGGAGGUGAUGUCAUUCGGAGAGAGACCCUACUGGGACAUGUCUAACCAGGAUGUGAGUAUUAUUGUCAUGUUGAACUUUUGAACUUUAUUGUUUUAAGUAAAUAUAAAUAUUCAGAUCAAUCAAAUUUCAAUCAAUCAAAUUAAUUUAGAAAGCCCUUUUUACAAUGUAUGUGCAUUCAGAUAAAAGGUGAACCUUCUAGUAUGUAAUGUUGUGUCAUAGAAUGGAACCCUCUCAAACACAUAACAACUCAGUUGUGUCAACAUUUGUACCGUUAAUAUGACAAUUGUGAAUUCCCACUGGAAAUGUCCUUGACAAUGAAGAGAUCCCCCCCCCCCAAUACAAACACACACACCAAUGAGCUCCAUAUCCACAGCCGCCAACUCUCUCUCUGGGACAGCAUGCAGGCAUCGACUGGUGAGACACACACUCAGGGAGGAGGCCUGGCACUGCUCACAGCAUGGCCUGCUGUUCUCUUCAGUCAGGACACACACACACACAUAUCUGUGUACCAGGGUUUCUGUUAGCCGGCUUUUUUCAGUAAUUUAAAAAAAAAAAGCUGAUAAAAAAGUUGGCGCCGGCAAUUGCGAAAUAAUGCUUUUUAGCCUAUUCACUGAUGGAAAUACAUUUGACUGGUCAUGCUUAUCGUUCUAUAGGGACAUUUGCAUAAUUUAGUGGAAUUAAAUUGCUGCGUGUACAAUAUAUUCGUUAUGUAGGCUAUCUUAUUUAUCACACGCCUACAGCAUACAGAUACAGAGCCUUUGAGUGGAAAAUCUGUCAAACAGCGCAAGAGCUGCUGCUGCAGCAUCUUGUGGUGCUUUCAAGACAACUGGGAAAUACGAGGUCAAAUAAUGACGUCAGUGAUCUUCAGGUCGGAAAGAUGGAGCUCUAGAAAGAGGCCCGAGUUCCCGAGUUGGAAUUCCGAGUUGGAUGACCGUUCAAAACGGUUUUUUCUCAGUCGGAAGUCUGAGAUUAAAGUCGGAAGUCUGAGAUUUCCGAGUUCCCAGUUGUUUUGAACUUGGCAUCAAACGGCAACGAAAGGCAGGCUUCAUCAGUGCGUCACAAACCACUUUGCAAUAAGUUGGAGGCAGUAUGCAUUUUGAAAACAUAUACCGUAUUUUCCGCACUAUAAGGUGCACCGGAGUAUAAGCCGCAGCAGCUAAAUUGAAUGAUAUUGAAUGAUGUGUACAUAUAUAAGCCGCACUGGACUAUAAGCCGCAGGUGUUUUAAUGUUUAAUUACCAUAUGUAAGGGUUCGUGCACAGAGGGGAUUGUCGGGAAAGAGACAAACUGUCUCGCUCUCGUAAUGUCUGUCUGUCUUGCUCUCGUUCUGUCUCUCGUUCUGUCUCUCGUAGCACUCUCAGUUCCACUUUUACUUUUGCGCGCUACCUGUCUCACUCUUUUCCGGCCUCCAGCUUUUCCUGCUGGAGCCCGCCGCUUAAAGGUGGGGGGCGCGGACCGGUCAUAGAGCCCAUAGAGUUAAAGUUGGUGGACUGUAACCUGUAAAAUCCAUAGAUUUAGGAGGUCUUCUAGUGGCCGUUAGCUGUAAAAAUCCAUAGAUUAGCCGCACCGUUGUAUAAGCCGCAGGGUCAAAAAAUGGGGAAAAAGGCGCGGCUUAUAGUCCGAAAAUUACGGUACUUAAUUGUUUGAAACCUGAACGUUUUAAUACAUAUUUUAAGGCAUGUCAUACCUUGCUUCAAAGUAGCAGAUAAGAUCUCCUCUCUUUCUAAAUGUCUAACAGAUAUUUUCAUCACUGUCGCAUGUGCAGUGUCCUUUUGACAACGGUGUUUUCCCGGUAAUUGUAUUAUGGAACGAACAUUCGCGCUUAGCCUACUGCAUUGUGCGCGUUGCUGCACUUAUAAUGUGAAUAAAUAAUAGUUUAUCAACAUUCUGUUGCAGGAUCAAGCUUUUUCAUGUAGCCUAGGCCUACUGGUUGUAUGUAUUUGCGAUCUAUCGUCCUACAACUGUCCCAGAGUCUGUUUGGAAUAGGCUAUUUCAUUCUCGAUAAGCUGACUAAUAGAAAAGGUAGCCUAAACUUUUCUACUAUAGUAGAUUGACAUAGGCUAGUGAUUUUCCUGUUCGUUACUCAUCUUGUUGGCUGAGGAAAAGUAAAUGUGGACAGUUAUUCUAACAUCUUCAAAGUGCACAUCAGAAUUCGGUAAUAAGGACAGCACAUCAUUGCAUCCUCGACUUGCAUGUUCUGUUAAUAUGAAUUACCAUAUCCUAAAUGUGAUUUCUGUCAUUCUGAGCACCGGGGAUGGACGCCCUAAUCAGGUUACACAGCCAAUACAUAUGGGUCCGGUACAUUUCUCAAAUGUCCGGUAAAUUAAAAUGUUGCCGGUCAAUUGUGCGGAACCACAUUUUCCUAACGUAAACCCUGCUGUGUACAUUAAUAACACACACACACACACACACACACACACACACACACACACACACACACACACACACACACACACACACACACACACACACACACACUCGCACGCACAUGCAGUAUGCACACAAAAGCACACAAAAAUGAUGCACUGACAUACACACAAAUACACAAGUCUGUGUGCUCAUACACAUACAUACACAUGCCCACUCGCACAUGCAUGUACAUGCACUCACAUACACACACACACACACACACACUUCCCCAUAUGCACAAUUUGUCAAGAUUCUGCUGAAUUAAACUAGUCUCAGUGGUAGCAUGGGCACCUAUAGAGCAUCUUCCCAUUUCUGAUGAUAAUUCAUUUUCACACCCUGCAAUCUCUAUCCCAUAUCGGCUUUUCCUGACUUUGCCCUGAUUCAACCGUUUAAUUUGAAAGAUUGCUUCUACAUACAAGGGUUAACAAUCCAUCAUAUGGUAUACCAUAUGAACAUGCUACUCAGCUGGUAGAGCACGACGCUUGUAACGCCAAGGUAGUGGGUUCGAUCCCCGGGACCACCCAAACACAAAAAUGUAUGCACGCAUGACUGUAAGUCGCUUUGGAUAAAAGCGUCUGCUAAAUGGCAUAUUAUUAUUAUUAUUUAUAGAGCGAGACAGCACUACUCUUUCCAUAGUUACUGUACUGUAUAUGCAAUAAGCCUAUUCCCAAGUCACAUUCCCGCAGUGUCAGAUUAUACAGUCAUGUCCAUAAUUAUUGGCACCCUUGAUAAAGAUGAGCAUAAAAGACUGUAUAAAAUACAUAAUACAAAUACUGAGCUAUAUUGUAUGGUAAUUUUUGUAUUAUUAUUAUUAUUAUUAUUAUUAUUAUUAUUAUUAUUAUUAUUAUAUUAUUAUUUUAUACUAAUACAAUUGCUCAGAGAAGGAGAUUUUGUUUAACAAGUACAUAAUAUUUUUUUCUCUCCAAAAGAUAGGGGUCAACAUUAUACCUUUCAAUACCUCACCUUGCGAGGAUAAAGGUACUGAGCCUUUUUCUAAACUGUUUUAUGAGAUUGGAGAACACAUUGGGAGGGACCUUAGACCUUAGACAACAUAGGAAACAUUUGAAAAAUGUACAUGCGAAACUUCACGUGUCCGAAAACCAGAUCUGUCUUGUGAAAAUUUUACAUGAAAAAAAAAAAAACUUGUCAGAAAAACACUUUUUUUCACAUUGUUUUUUUAUAUAUAUAUUUUUUUAUAAAGGAGACGCUGAGUGAAUUGCUCACUAACCACUCAAUAGCACAAAAUGAGACGGAACAACUAGGGCCUGGCGGCACAGGGGUCUAGAGGAAGAGGGGAAAGUGAAAGGGAAACAUAAAAACCUCUACAAACAUCAGCUUUUUCUCACAAUUCUCUGCUUUACUACAUUUACAUUUACAUCAUUUAGCAGACUACACAUUAUUGAUCUCCUUUGAUCAUACGUUUAGUGACUACCCUCAGAUCUUUUCGCAAUUGGCCUUCCCAAUGGUCCUGUCUGGCAAUGGUUUUCUACUGACCUCAUCUAUCUUAUCGCCAUGAGCGAGAUUAGACCCAUAUCUAGAUCAACUUCUAAUGACUACCUUCCACUCACCACCUACUGCCGUCUCCACAAUAGUGCUGCCUAACAUGACCCUGACUGACUACCUUGUGACCUUCUGCCCACCCUCUCCAUCCCCAGGUGAUCAAUGCCAUAGAGCAGGACUACCGGCUGCCCCCUCCCAUGGACUGCCCCUCAGCCCUGCACCAGCUCAUGCUGGACUGCUGGCAGAAGGACCGUAACGCCCGGCCACGCUUCACUGACAUCGUCAACACCCUGGACAAGAUGAUCCGCAACCCAGCCAGUCUCAAACAAGUGGCAAGCAUCCCUGCAGUGUAAGUGUAGCAUACAUUAAUGUAUAUGUAGUUUAUUACUUUAUAUAACAUCAAAGUCUAAACCUCCCUGCACACCACCAUCAAAGCUCUCUCUCUCUCUCUCUUACUUACUCUUCCUCUCCUCCUCCAGGCCUUCCCAGACCCUGUUGGAUCAUUCUAUCCCAGACUUCAACACCUUCAGUUCAGUGGAGGAGUGGCUGGGAGCCAUCAAGAUGACCCAGUACAGAGAUAACUUCCUCAACUCUGGCUUCACCUCCCUGCAACUGGUGGCACAGAUUACAUCUGAGUGAGUCGAACACAUACACACACAUGCACAGAAGUACACACACACGUGCACACAUGUGAGCAAGCAUGCACAGACUCAUGCAGGCUCUCACACGCAUGCAGUCUUGCGUACACACACACACACAAGCAUUCACAGAUGUACAUGCAUGCACAAACACACAUACACACAUACACAGACACACUUAUGUGAGCAAGCAUGCAUGUACACACACAUCUCAUUUAAAACGAUCCUGUCCAAAUAUUGGCCCUAAGAAAUCUUCCUGGCUUCAAAAUGUUGUUUCAAAAAUGUAGCGACAUGGUUUUAAUUGUCAAUCAAAGAGAACAAAAGCUUGAUCACUGAGAGGCAGACAAAGUUAAUGGAAUAUGUGUUUGUUGUUUUCUCCUUCACAGCCAGUGGCUAACCAUCCUGAAAUUAAUUAUUUGGGGCUUUGGUUAUAUAUGUAAAUGUAUUAGAGACCAAAUUAAUGUUUGUUUAUGUACUUGCUUCUUCAGCACACACAGUUGAGGCAUUGCAGAAGCAAUACUGAUGUAUUUCCUCUCUUGCUCUCUCUCUCUCCUUCUCCCUCCCUCUUCCUAUCCCUCUCUUCCUGUCUCCCUCCCUCCCCAUCACCAGAGACCUCCUGAGGAUAGGUGUGACCCUGGCGGGCCACCAGAAGAAGAUCCUCAGUAACGUCGCCUCCAUGCGGGUGCAGAUGAGCCAAUGCCAGUCGCCCACUGCCAUGGCAUGA